AUGUCGAAUGAUACAUCAUCAUCGAUAGCUAGUCUUGAAACACCUCUUACACGUACCAUCAAACUAAUUAUAUUCUCAGUUCCAUUAGGACCAUCACUUUUGUGCUCACUCUACAUAUUCAUAUGUGUUAUUCAUGAACGUCAGCUCCGUCGUCGUGCCAAUCACGUUAUGAUUGCCAUCAUUUUGAUAGAUUUUCUCAAUCUUAUGAGUGAUCUUAUCCCUAUUUCACUCUCCUACUUUUAUACAGGUCAUGUUCGCAGUUUAUCGAUUUGCCUUUAUUGGGUCACAGGAAACUAUACAUUACAAGGUAUUUCAAGUUGGUUAAUGGCAUGGGCAUCAAUUGAUCGAUAUCUUCUCAUUUUUUUCCAUCGUCUUCGAGAUACAUUUCUUAGACAUGAUGUUCCAAUCUUAGGUCUAUGUGCUUUUGUUGUUGGUUGGUAUAUUACUGUAACGUUUACUCAUUCAUGUAGAGAAAAUUGGUUUGAUGGUACUCAAUUCUUAUGUGGUGGACCUUGUUUUGCAAGUAGCACAGUCAUACUUACCGUUGACUGGAUUCUUAUCGUACUCUUGCCAACAUUAGUGAUUGUUGCAUUCAAUAUACUUCUUCUUGGAAGAGUUAUCUUUCAAAAAUGUCGACGACGACCUGGCUUUGAGGGAAGAUCAUUCACAUGGCGUAAAAAUAGAAAAUUACUUAUUCAAUUGCUUGCUAUUAUUAUCGUCUAUUUUAUCACACAACUUCCUCUAGCUAUUUUCUCAAUUGUUCGUCUCUUUGGUCCUGCUGAUUUUCUUCUCGACAUUUCACUUAUUUGGCUUUUCUAUACUCCCUACCUUAUCUAUAUUAUCAUACCUUUUGCCUAUAUAGCAACAACCAAAGAAUGUCGAAAACAAAUAUGUGGCUGGCAACGUCGUGUGGCAAUCGCGCCAACCGGACCUACUUAUCGACUUAAAACACUUACCAAAAGUAUGGCAACAAACAACCCUGAUUAUCGAUAA